UGUCCUUGCUUGGAGGACCACCUCCCGAAGAAGAAGACGAGCACCAUGGCCGAGAGAAGGCAAACUCAACAUAGUGGUUGUGCCUUUUUCCUUGACUAGACACUCGCAUCCUCCUGCCCCCUUGGGGGUUGCUGUGGGAACACCUUGAAAUGCGGAUCCCGGAUGCCGUUUUUGUGAAAAAGGCAAAUUUUUGAGCCGAGGAUCAUUCGGAAGGAACCUGACGAUCAAACAGCAGGCCGCUUGUCUCUCGGGUCUCCUUCCCAGUGGGGGAGAUUGAGCAGGCAGAAAAGGCUGCAGUGGGGGAGGGUUUUAAAGGCCUCCGUAAGAGGCAAGAGCUUCUGGGUGCUCUGGAGAGGUGGGGAGGGGAGCCCCGACCUUGGUUCAUGAUGCCUUCCCACCACUGCCUGGCCUCCUCCUGGGAGCCCCCGCUCCCCCUACCUCGCCUCCUUUCUCCUUCGGGACCCUCAGUAACAGCUUCUCAGCACAGGGGAGCACAGCCCACGUUUCCCUUUCCAUGAAAGGCCUCGUCCGGCCAGGGAGGUUCUGGGCCCAGUUCCGCAUGAUGUCACAGAACUCCAUCCCGCAGGGGCCCAGUGAUGUCACACUGCGGAAGGCAGCCUGCUCCACAGGGCAGGUCGGAGCCCACGAGGGCUGCUGCUUUUCCUCCUGAGCGAGUUCAGGCCACGUUGCUGUGAGGACCUCAGAGAAGGGGCCCGGGGUCUGUUUAUGGGUGAAGCACCCCCAUAAGGAGAAGGGAACCACUGUGGGCAGACCCUCCCCCUAAGGUGCCUUUCCAUUGUCCGGUCUGCAGAGUCCCCUUCCUGAUCUGCUCUGCCUUGAAGGGCGGACAGUCGGCGGCCUCACAGAGGUUUCUGACGCUGCUGCCGUGGGGGAGAGUGGUGGUGGGGGCUGGGGGUCAGCUGCCCCCUUCAGGGCUGCAGAGGGUAACCCGGGAGGGGGGCAGUUGGAGGGGGAGGCUCUGCAGAGAGACCCACUGGCCUGGGGCCUCUUCCUCCCCCCCUCCCGGCAGCAACCUACCUGGGCUUCUUGCAGCAAAGCAGGGAGGAUGAUGCGGCUGAUGCAGAGCAGGGCAACCUUGGACAGGUGGCGGCAGCUGUGGAGCAAGUCGAUGGCCAAGUCCAGGCUCAGGGCGCUGUCUCCUUCUUCUUUUGUGACUGACCAGAAAGUAAGAUACUCUAGAAACAUCAAGACGGAAUCAACAUCGUUUGUGGAAAACCUAUUCAACGGACAGCUGGAGCCUAAAAGCCUCCUUCCUUUCCCUGCAGCUCUUUCGCCGGAGCAGGCCCAGCUCUUGCAAGCCAUGGUGGAUCCCUGCACCCGCUUCUUUGAGGAAGUCAAUGACGCGGCUGCCAACGAAGAGCUGGGCAGCAUCGAAGAGGAGACCGUGGAGGGCCUGAAGUCGAUGGGCUGCUUUGGGCUGCAGGUGCCGGAGGAGCUGGGGGGCAUCGGGCUGACCAACACCCAGUACGCUCGCAUGGUGGAAGUGGUUGGGAUGCAUGAUCUCGGCGUGGCCAUCGCCCUUGGUGCCCACCAGUCCAUUGGCUUCAAGGGCAUCCUCCUCUUUGGAAACAAGAGCCAGAAGGAAAAAUACCUCCCCAGGCUAGCAUCUGGUGAGGCCUACGCAGCCUUUUGCCUGACCGAACCCUCCAGCGGCUCAGACGCAGCCUCCAUCCAGACGGUGGCUGAGCUCAGCCCCUGCGGGGGCUUCUACACGCUCAACGGGAGCAAGAUCUGGAUCAGCAAUGGGGGCACGGCCGAGGUGUUCACGGUGUUCGCAAAGACUCGCAUCAAGAACAUCACCACAGGGGAAGAAACAGACAAGAUGUCGGCCUUCAUCGUGGAGCGAGCCUUUGGGGGGGUGAGCAGUGGCCCUCCGGAGCAGAAGAUGGGCAUCCAGUGCUCCAACACGGCAGAGGUGCACUUUGAGGACGUGAAGGUGCCCGCAGAGAACCUGCUGGGGGGGCUCGGCAAAGGCUUCCAGGUGGCCGUGCACAUCCUGAACAACGGCCGCUUCAGCAUGGCCGCGGCAAUGGCCGGCACCAUGCGCGGAGUCCUCCUCAAGGCGGUGGAUCACGCGGCAGACCGGCAGCAGUUUGGCAAAGCCAUCGGCCGCUUUGGGGCCAUUCAGGAGAAACUGGCACGCAUGGCCAUGUUGCUCUACGUGACCGAAGCCAUGGCCUACAUGCUGAGUGCUAACAUGGACAUGAAGCUGCCCGACUACAAGCUGGAGGCGGCCAUCAGCAAGAUCUUUGCCUCCGAGGCAGCCUGGACUGUGGCCGACGAAGGCAUCCAGAUCCUGGGUGGGAUGGGGUACAUGAAGGAGAGCGGCAUGGAGAAAGUCAUGCGCGACCUGAGGAUCUUCCGCAUUUUCGAGGGCACCAACGAGAUUCUCCGCUUGUUUGUGGCUCUGUCGGGCAUGGAGUAUGCCGGGCACACCCUGAGCGGCCUGCGCAAGGACCUCUCCGCCCCCCUGCUGCACCUGGGAUCCAUCUACAAGGAAGUGGUGAUGCGAGCGAAACGCAAAGUCGGGGUCCCCACUGGGCAGACGCUGCAGGGCCUCGUCCACCCGGAACUGGAAGACUGUGCUGCUCUGGUCACCAGAGCUGUGGAGCUGUUUGGAGAGACCAUCGAGAGCCUGCUCUUGAAGUACGGCGCAGCAGUGACGGACAAGCAGUUCCACCUGAGGCGCGUGGCAGACGCUGCCAUAGACACCUAUGCCAUGGCCGUGGCUUUAUCCAGGGCCAGCCGUGCCCUCUCCCUGGGCCAGCCCACUGCUCAGCAUGAGAAGCUUUUGUGCCAGGCUUGGUGCCAGCAGGCCUUUCCACGAGUGCGGGAAUCUCUGCGGGAAGUCAAAUCCGCCAGCUGGGAAGAGGUCUUCACCAGCAUGAAGCUGAUCUCAGACGCCUUGGUGCAGCACAGAAGCACCGUGGCGUCCCAUCCCCUGGGCUUUUAAAACUAGGGAUUUCGUUUAGCAUGGAACCAAAUAAAUGUUAUAUUAUCCUUCUACUCCAGCGGUCUUCCCAUGAUUUGCUGGUGUCUGUUGCCGUGGUGUACGGGCAGCUCUUCACAUCUGGAGAACUGACUGACUGGCAUUCAAGGUGCACGAAACCGGUUCCCUUGCUUGACCCCCAAAGAAGCCCCAGUCCUGCCUCAAUUAGCAAAGUAGCACAGACCGGAGAGAAGGCCCAUGGCUCCUGCUGGACAUUUAUUUGGAUUAUGUGCUAUCAAGUGGGCGACCACAUGGGUAGAUCUUCUCCAGGACUAUCAGUCCAUUCAAUGAACGGGUAUCAAUCUACAAACAUAUCAAAUAAGAACCAGCCUAGGAGCCCGUAAGGACUCAGAUCAAUCGAGCAACCACCAGCGACAGCACCGACCACAUCACCAAAGACAGACAGCCGCCUCACAUGACACCCCCCCCCCAACUAGGGUCACCUCUCCCCCAGGUGACCUCUGCAUGCCAUGACUUCAAUCACACGGCCUCAUGUG